AUGAGCUUCAUUCAACGAAUCACGAAACGGCUGCCUAGUGCGCCGAGUCUGCCGUUGGAAGAUGCUCCCACUGAAAAAGGCCACCUCCAUCCUAGAUUCGCCUUCUUCCGGCGGAGGAUCCGCCUAAAGGGCAACUCAUCCAUUUCUAUACCCCUGGGUCUUGUUUUACUAUUUCCAUGCCUUGUAAUUGUCCUUAUUCUGCUUCUGUUUGUCCAACACCCUUCCUCUCCUGGGGGUAUCCUAAUUCCAGCGGGCACUCCACCCUCCAUCCGAAAAAUUAGCGAAAAGCACGAUAAAGUCUUCGCAACGGGAUGUAUGCCCAUUGUACCCGAAGAAAUCGCAAAGGCUCCCCGCGCCAAUGCUGCCUUCGUUGUUCUAGCCAGAAACAAAGAAUUGGAAGGUGUGGUUCAAUCGCUCAAGUCGAUCGAAAGACACUUCAACCGGUGGUGGCGCUACCCCUAUGUUUUCCUCAACGACGGUGACUUUGACGAAGAAUUCAAGGCAACAGUCAAGAACUACACCACCGCAGAUGUGGAAUUCGGAAAGAUCGAUAACAGCAUGUGGGGAUUCCCCGAUUGGGUUGACCAUGAUGUUGCCAAGGAAGGUAUCCGGAAGCAGGGUGAUGCUGCCAUCAUGUAUGGUGGAAUGGAAAGCUAUCACCACAUGUGCCGAUUCUACUCAGGACACUUCUACAAGCAUCCUUUGCUGAUGAAGUACGAGUGGUACUGGCGUUUGGAGCCCGAGAUCAAGUACUUCUGUGACAUUACCUAUGAUCCCUUCCUCAAGAUGGCCGAGGCCAACAAGACGUACGGUUUCACUAUUGCAGUGAAGGAACUUCGAGAGACAGUUCCCAACAUCUUCCGUUAUGCGGCUGCAUACAAGCGCAAGAACAACCUCAAGUCCAAGGGUCUGUGGGAGAUGUUCCUGGAGCAGCCGGAGAAGCCAGAGGUCCCGGAGGAGAACAAACAGGACAAGCUGCCCGACGAAAUUUUGCAGACUGAUCCCGGUGACAACCACUUGAAGGACAUUGAUCCCGAAGCCAUGGAAGGCGAGAGUUACAACAUGUGCCAUUUCUGGAGUAAUUUCGAAAUUGCUCGUCUGGAUUGGUUCCGCAGCAAGGAAUAUGAGGACUUUUUCACCAUGAUGGACCAAAGUGGCGGUUUCUGGAACGAACGGUGGGGUGACGCUCCUAUCCACUCUCUCGCAGCUGGUGCUCUACUCGGACCGAGCGAUAUCCACUACUUCCGUGACUUUGGCUACCGGCACACUACCAUCCAGCAUUGCCCAGCCAAUGCCCCUGCCCGCCAACUCACCCGUAUCCCCUACCUCGAGAAGACCACAGAUGACGAGAAGAAACGUAUCGAGGAAGACGAGUACUGGGCGAACGCUGACCAGGUCAAGGAAAACGGUGUUGGUUGCCGAUGCCGUUGCGAUACUGACAUUGUCGAAGUCGAAAGCAAAUCCGGCAGCUGUAUCAACGAAUGGGUUGAUGUGGCUGGUGGCUGGGCUUCGCCAUAG